AAGCUGGGCACCAGUAUAUAACUGAGCCAGUCAACUCUGCAGACAGAUACGACUGAAACCACUGUUACCACUUUGACCAUCUCAGUCUGUUGUCUCUCCGGAGCCAAGCGGUCAACAUCAGCCAGCAGCCAUGAGCAAAGACAGGCCGAGCAAGCAGGUACCAGAGGAAUCCAGAACGCAGUCUCCGUCCAAAAACCACAAGUCGCCCAGGAUGCCCAAAUGUUCCCGUUGCCGCAAUCAUGGCUUUUUUUCACCUCUGAAAGGGCACAAACGCUUCUGUAACUGGAGGGACUGCCAGUGUCCCAAAUGCAAGCUGAUAGCUGAGAGACAGCGUGUCAUGGCGGCGCAGGUUGCUUUAAGGAGGCAGCAGGCCCAGGAGGAGGAACUUGGCAUCAGUACUCCUGUGACUUUGUCUGGCUCUGACGUGAUGGUAAAAAAUGAAAAUGCCGCAGAUUGCCUCUUCUCUAUGGAGGGCCGAUCCAGCCCAACCACCAACAUUGGCAACUCAUCCCUCACUCUCUCAGGAAGCCGCUCUUCGUCAUCUUCCAGCCCCUCAGCAGCUGUUCGGCCUCAUACUGAGGGAACAUCUGACCUGCUUCUGGAAACCUCCUAUUACAACUUCUACCCGCCAUCACGCUACCCCACCUAUUAUGGCAAUCUGUACAACUACCAACAGUACCAGAUGCCCCAUGGGGAUGGCCGCCUCCCUGGUCACAGCAUGUCCUCUCAGUACCGGAUGCAUUCUUACUACCCUGGAGCUUCCUACCUGACCCAGAGCCUGGGUUCCACCACCUGCGUGCCACCCUUCGUCAGCCUGGAUGAGAACAACAGCUGCUCUGAGACAAUGGCAGUCUCCUUUUCACCCACCAGUUACGACUCCACCAUGACCUGCCGGUCCAUCAGCUCUCUGGUAACAUCUGACGACAAGGAGUGUGAGGUCGACAGCCAGACGGCCAACUUCACUGUCGACUCCAGCAACUAAAAGAAGAAGAGGAAGGUCACGUUAAGUUCUCCUCUGAACUGAAAACUGUAAUCUGCUGGAGGAACAGUUCAGUAUUUAAUGCAGGUUUUAUUACUAAAAGUUGUUUGGACUUUGCCAAGACGAUCUGAAAACGGGCUUCUUUUUUUUCUCCUUAUUUUAAAAAAUCUACUGAAUUAGAUUACUGAAACAAAAAAUAUAAACAUACACAAAGUACAGUACAAUCAAAGGUUUACACACCCGCUGUGCUUUGAUCAAUCAUUUCAAGAUGUUUCUCACCUUGCAUCAGAAUAUAUUUGUACAAUUCGAAUAAACACAUUUGUUACAGGGAAAAAAAGCUCAAAACUUAAAAAACCGCAAUAACUGACAUAAGUGUGUACACUCUUAAACUGGUAUCAUCGAUGAUACUGAAUCUGGAUAACCAGAAAUAAAGUUUUGCUUUCCUACUAGGGUUCUCCUGACAUUUGCUCGUUUGCAUCAUUUAGCUGAAACUAAAUUUUACAGAGAGGUUAAAAGGGAUCAAAUUAUCUCAUUGUACGAAGGUAUCAGUCAGGAGAAGGGGACAAAUAUGAGACAGCUUCAUAUGUACACCAUGACACAGGGAAGGGAAGAGCAACUGAAGCAUUAGUGUGAAAAAUCUGAAAUUUGUCCAAAAUAAAUGAUAAAUAGUUCCAAAUACGGUCACUUUGACCUGAAGCCUUCAGGUGUCGGCUAGAUAGUUGAAGAUGAAGGUGGAUUUAAUUUUUGGACAUCACAUUGAGUCUAAUUAAACGUUUAAACCAACAGAAGAAUCAAUUCAUGAGAGUGUUGGAAUGGCCUAGUGAAAGUCCAGAACUAAGUUCUACCGAAAAUCUUUAGGGUCAUCUAAAGAGGGCUGUGGACUAGAGAACUUCUCCCACUCAAUCAGAGUGGGAGAAGUUUGGCAAGGCUGAUCAGACAAAUAUGGUCUGGUCAGGACACGGGAAGCUGCAAAACCUAAAUUAAAGGCUGCUUCAUCAAAGUAUCAGUCACAGGGUGUACACACAGCUUUACCCCUCUAACAGAUUUGUUUUUCCGUUGAAUUGUACCGGACACACUCUACAUUAGAAAAAGUUUUGUUUGUUUAUCAUGGUCUCAUUUUUUACAUACAAAACCUGUCAUUUUAAAAGUGGUGUGCGGACUUAAGGGUCACUGUAAAGGUCAAGUUUAGAGUUUUUGACAAACUAGAUAUUUUUGACAAAACCUGGUGCUGAAUCUCUGGAAUCAAGUUUUUUUUUAAUCUGAGAAAUUAAAUUUGGACUAUAAAUAAUGCAAUUUAUAAUUUAUUAUCAGUUUUGUCUUUGAUCCAAUCUAAUACAUGUUCUUUCUGCUAUCUUAAGAAACAUUUCAAUUUAUUUUCAUUUAAUAAACUAGAUUUGCCGUUAAUUGCUGGGAAUAGGGUUAGAGAUGGGAGGAGGAGGGAUCUUUUGGUUGUAAUCUGCAAAUUGGCCACUAGAUGCCGCUUAAUUCUACUGUACCCACUGCAUCUGUUGUAUAUUGUUCUAUUCACUAAUGUUUUUCUAAUCAGACAUAUACAAACUGUGUUGUAGUGAUGACAUUGUUACUCAGUGACAUAAUCGCAUCAGGUGCAAAUAAAUCUCAUUUAUCUCA